AGAGUAACAAGACGCUGGCCGAAAGUCUCAAAGGGCCAGUGUGCUUCUCACAGAGAACAGCCGUUUAAGCGCAUGUCAUUUUCCACUUUUUAACUCAACUUUCGUGUUUUUAACUGGUUAGGCGGCGUUUUCCCAAUACUAGACGACACUUCGAACUCAUUUAACCUGAAAUUGUUUUUAUACAGCUCGCCUUUUUACUCUCUGAGCCUUGAGUUGGUGGUGGAUUGACCCUAGACAUGGAUAUUAGCUAGCUUGGCUAGUCAGCGAGAAACCGAAGGAGGAGGGUUUGUGUCAGUUUUAUCGCUUUUAAACGUCGUUUAUGUGCCUAGGGUCGAACUCUCUGAGGCAGAUUCUCGCCUUGGGUGUUGCCAAAGAAGGAUUGAAGUUCGGGAGAAGUAGCUAACGUUAGUUGUUUAACUGAGGGAAGAAAAAGGUGGAGGAUGUUGACUAACGCUAACAGUCCGCCGAAGUUUCCGAACCAGCAGCAGCCACAACAGCAGCAGCAGCAAAAUCCAGCCCAGUUCAUGCUGGGAAAAGGUUCACUUCAGAUCAAGAAAAAUGCCAUAAUCGACGACUACAAAGUCACUAGUCAGGUCCUGGGACUGGGCAUAAAUGGCAGGGUCCUGGAGAUCUUUCACAAGAGAAGUGGGGAGAAGUACGCUUUAAAGAUGCUUCAUGACUGUCCCAAAGCGAGACGAGAGGUGGAGCUGCAUUGGCGAGCCUCCUCUUGUACCCAUAUCGUCAGAAUUGUUGACGUCUAUGAGAACCUCUACCAAAACAGGAAGUGCCUUCUUAUUGUAAUGGAGUGUAUGGAUGGAGGUGAGCUGUUUAGUCGGAUUCAGGACAGAGGGGACCAGGCAUUCACUGAAAGAGAGGCAUCAGAUAUCAUGAAGAGUAUAGGAGAGGCCAUUCAGUAUUUGCAUGCUAUAAACAUUGCACACAGAGACGUCAAGCCAGAGAACCUGUUAUAUACCUCUAAAAGGCCCAAUGCCCUUCUCAAACUGACAGACUUUGGAUUUGCAAAGGAGACAACCACACACAACUCACUGGCCACCCCUUGCUAUACUCCUUAUUACGUUGCCCCAGAGGUUCUUGGUCCAGAAAAGUAUGACAAGUCCUGUGACAUGUGGUCUUUGGGUGUCAUCAUGUAUAUUCUGCUAUGUGGUUACCCACCUUUCUAUUCUAACCAUGGCCUGGCUAUAUCACCUGGUAUGAAGAAACGAAUCCGUAUGGGACAGUACGAGUUUCCAAACCCUGAGUGGUCUGAUGUCUCAGAGGAAGCCAAACAGCUUAUCAGAACAUUACUGAAAACUGAGCCAACACAGAGGAUGACCAUCACAGAGUUCAUGAAUCACCCCUGGAUCAAUCAAUCAAUGGAAGUUCCUCAGACCCCCCUACACACCAGCCGUGUUCUGAAAGAAGAAAAAGAUGCUUGGGAAGAUGUCAAGGAGGAAAUGACUAGUGCCUUGGCGACAAUGAGAGUCGACUACGAACAGAUCAAAAUUAAGAGGAUCGAAGACUCCUCCAAUCCAAUGCUGAUGAAGAGGAGAAAGAAAGCCAACAAUACGGCUGCUGAAAAUGAGACGCCUGCUUGCUAGGGACAUCUUUGACACACAUGCACACAUUUACACACGUACAUUCAGUUCAAACGUUAAGCAAGCAAUAACUCUUUUUUUUUUUUUUAAUCACUCUGAAUAUUUCUUUUUAUUCACUCACCAUUUGUAACCAAUAAACAACGUUGCUACCAAAAGAAAUGGGCUGUGAAAUUACAAUACAAGACUCAAGAGUUGUAAAACAGCCGUUGUCCAGUAAUUUGCUUUUUAAAUUUGUCACAAGUACUUUUUUUCACAUGGUGUUUGUUGGGGUAAUUAGAAUGCUAAAUCAGAAGCCAUUGGUACAUGAGUUCAUAAGUUACACACUGUCUGUUAUUUUUAAUUAUGUUCCAUUUGAGUUCGUAAGAUGAGUUGUUGCAUUUCCUUCUGCUAAUGCUUGGAGAAGCCUUUGCAUAAUGCUUAACUUUCCUAAUGUUCCUCUUUUCUACACAGUACAUGUCAUUUCUGCACUUGAAUGCUCCAAAUGACUGCAGUCAAUACUAGUGCCCAGAUAUAGAAAAUGUAUUUCUGAAAUGACUCUUUGAAUGUAGACACGUUCUGUUCUCUACUGUGAAUAAGUUGGUCAGUAUUGUUCAGGGCCCUGUCAAGUUAAAUACAAGAUCUUUAGUUUCAAUUAGCCUUACUCCGAGUUGGAUUGAUUCAUUCAGAUUUAAAGAAAUAAUGCACAUUGCUCAGCUUUCAAGAUUUAGUAUUCGAGUCUUUCGCUAUAUCCAAUAAGCCAAUCCAGCACAUUGCUUCUGCUCUCUUGAUUCAUGCUUGAGCUUAUUGCACACCAUUGGGUUAUCAAUAAUUUGCCUUGUAUCGAUUCUAUGCAUAUUUGUAUCCAGCUUGUUUUUCUUGUGUAUUUGUAGGGAAUGUUAACAUGCUCUGGAGUUUCAUUUAAAAAUACAUCAGUUUUAACUCACCGCCCUGAACAGCAAAGCCCAUUGUUAUUUUUUUAAAAGUGUAUAAUGAAUCAAUAUGAAUAUGGGAUCUUUGUGAAGGUGGUGGGCGUCCUUUCGUGUAUGUUCAUGUUGUGUCUAUGAACUAUACCUACCAUGCAGUAAUUGCAUUAUUGUUUGAAUGCACCUAAGCAGCUUGGAGACGCCAGUAGUUUCAUGGAGAUUCUUACAGAUCCAGUGGACUGGUGUUAGCUGCACUAAUGACCGAUGCUGAAAGGUUGCAUUUUAUUUUAUUUUUCUAUAUAGUCUUUUUAAAAUCUGUAUAUUCAUAUUUGUCGUGUGCUUUAUCCUCUUAAAGGGAUGCGAGUUAAUGCCCAAAGUGUUGAACAUACAGUUGAGGAAAGUCAAUGAGCUCCCAAACAGCAUUUCGUUGCCCUUCAUCAUUUAGUCUGGAAAAUAUUGCUUUGAUACUGCCAUCGUGUUGGACUUCUCUUUACUCUCCAUGCCUUCUUAUCUCAAUGCAAAGUGUACAUUGUCAUUCAAGUUGAAAAACAGACUAGUAUUCCCACAGAAUUUUAUACUAACAGGGAGAGGCAGAAGUGGGUCCUGUUUUUAGUAUUUAACUGCUGUACUUAUGUCUUGGUCUGCUUCAACUUUGCAUUAAAAUGCCUAAAACACAA